AUGGAGCCAGCUGAGGCGCAGCGCAAUACUCGCUUCGAAAUAGAGGAACUGUUUAUCCACGCCAAGGUUUGCGUUCAGGAGCAACUUGGACCAGACGCUAACAGCACCGGCAUUCAUGAAUCUACGGUUAAUUUUGGGCACACAUCUGCAGUUAAGCUCCCGCGCUUAUCAUUGCCGACAUUUGACGGCAAAUACUGCGAGUACCAAAACUUUAUCUUGUCGUUUAACCCAGUUAUUGGCCACCAGCCAUCCAUGUCUAAGAUCGAGAAGUUCAACCAGUUGUUAAACUGUCUUCGAGGACCAGCCCUUGAAACGGUUCGAGCUUUCCAGGUGACCGCAGACAACUACACAAAGGCUCUGGACCGCUUAAAGCAGCGCUAUGACAACCCGACUCUCGUAUUUUUGGAUAACAUAUCGUCACUCUUCGCAUUGCCAACUGUCGCCAAGUCAAAUGGUCAGCAGUUGCGCAGCCUAAUCGAUAAUGCAUCCGCAUUAUACAACUCGUUGCGUUCGUUGAGCACCGAGCCACAGAUUUGCGAGGCCAUGCUCAUCUCCAUAGUUAUGGGCAAAGUGGACCAGGAGACUAAGAGGAAGUGGAAUAAGUCGCUGGACUACACUACGUUGCCUUCGUGGGACAAAUGCGUUGGAGUCGUUGAACGUCAUUGUCAAUAUUUGGAAUCGGAUAAGAAGCCUCCUGCUGAAGCCCCUAUGAGUCAACCAGGUGGCCAUAGGUCGCGCUCGCAGAGGAAUCAGGCAAGUCUGUCCUUCAAUUGCACCACACAAACUUGUAACAUCUGUUCACAGACAGACCACAAGACCUUUAGAUGCCCAGAACUUAUCAAUCUCGCCCUAGAUAAUCGCCUCAAUGCAGUAAAGCGCCACAAGCUUUGCAUUAAUUGCCUUGGCAGGGGUCAUCUUGUAGCCAACUGCCCGUCGACGCGGAGGUGCCACUCAUGUGCACUACCGCAUCACUCGCUGCUUCAUCGGCCAUCGCCAGGAUCGGCCGCAGCUCCCUUGCCACUCCCUCAAGCGGAGCCUGUACAAGUUUCGGACGCAGUCGCGCAUACUCACACGGAGUCUCGUUCCGACUGUGUCAUUCUGGCCACGGCACUGAUUCUGGUGAAUUUCAUAUCCGAGGAGUUUGCCCAAAGACUUCGACUGCCACGGAGCAAGCUCAACCUCGAGAUUCGUAGCAUUGGUGAGACACAAACGCGAAUUAAACACCAUGCAACCACCAAUAUCAAGUCGAGGCACAAUGGAUUCGAGUUGCUCCUUGAUUUUUGCGUGACAUCCCACAUUGCCUAUCAUCCAGAAUCGGAAAUUGACAUUUCUGCGUGGAACUUUCCGCAGCACUCAUCUCUUGCUGACGAGAGCUUUAACAAGUCUCGUCGGAUCGAUCUGCUUUUGGGGACGGAAACCUUCUUCGAUAUAUUGGCAGUUGGCCAAGUUAAAUUAGGAAAGGAUCUGCCCGUACUACAAAAAACACUACUUGGAUGGAUAGUGUCUGGUCGAUGUCGAGCUUAUCCCAGAACACUCCAUCAGUACUCAUCUAUCGCAUUAACAGAAAUUGACCAAAAAAUGGAACGGCUAUGGCGCAUCGAUCAUGUGGAGCCUCCUGAGAUCACACUUACGCCAGAGCAGCGAAACUGUGAAGAGUUCUACACCAAAACGGUACGACGUAAUUCAGAUGGUCGAUUGGAAGUACGACUUCCAUUUAAAGAUGAACCUACCGUUCUCGGAGCCUCAUUCGACAUUGCCAAAAGGAGAUUCCUCUCCCUCGAACGCAGCCUAUGCAAAAGGCCUGAGGUAGGGGCCAAAUAUGUUGAAUUUAUGCAGGAGUUUCAAAAUCUGAGACACAUGAGUCCCGUGAGCCAUCCACAGUUAAACACUCCGCAUUAUUAUAUUCCGCACCACUGCGUGCUCAAGCCUAAUAGCACAUCAACAAAGCUCAGAGUGGUUUUCGACGCAUCCUGCAAGACGACGUCCCAGAAAUCUCUCAACGACAUUCUGAUGGUCGUGCCGACCAUUCAGCCAGAUCUUUAUACACUACUCCUGCGUUUUCGGAUACAUCGCUAUGCCAUCACUGCUGAUGUGGUCAAGAUGUUCCGCCAAGUCAACAUGUUUGCCGAGGAUCGCAGAUUUCAAUACAUUCUUUGGAGAGCGUCGCCAUCGCAACCAUUGAGCACCUUCGAAUUGAAUACUGUAACUUAUGGCACAGCGGCUGCACCGUAUCUAGCCAUACGCAGUUUGUCAUAUCUAGCCGACAAAUUCAUGGACAAAUUGGAGAUUGGAGCUAAAGCCAUCAAAUCGUCUUUCUAUGUGGAUGACUUCCUAGGUGGAGCGGAUACGGUAGAGGAGCUACAUCAAAUCAAAAUGGAAGUUACAGCGAUUCUACAGGAUGGCCAAUUAGAACUCGCAAAAUGGCAUUCAAAUCACUGCAAGUUUGUCGAUGACGCUACAGUCAAACAUUUGCAGUUGGACGACGAAAUGCUAACCAGCACGCUUGGCCUAAAAUGGGACCAAGUACGGGACACAUUCAUGUUCUCGUUCUCGCCAAGAUUCGAUUCGGACCACGUCACCAAGCGAUCGAUUUUGUCCAUAGCCUCUUCGCUGUUUGAUCCGUUGGAAUUAGUUACUCCCAUCAUCAUAGUGGCAAAAAUUAUCCUCCAGGAGCUGUGGCUCCUAAAACUACAUUGGGACGAGUCAGUACCCCAAGGCAUUCAUACAGCUUGGAUGUCCCUGCUUGCAUCGCUUUCGUCGUUGGAGUCUGUAGCAAUACCACGAUAUUGCCUCCAAUCAGCGAUACAUACCUUUCAAAUACACGGCUUUUGUGACGCCUCCAUUCGAGCGUAUGGAUGCUGCAUCUACGCUCGCACAAUCGGAGCAGAUGGGCUGACCAAGGUACAGCUAAUCACAUCGAAGUCCAGAGUUGCUCCCACCAAGAAGCUAUCUCUGCCGAAAUUAGAACUGUGUGGAGCACAUUUGUUAGCACAGCUCUACAAAAAAAUCAUUAGAAUCUUCGCUGACAGAAAGCCGACUUCGUUCUUAUGGUGCGAUUCUCAAAUUGUUCUACAUUGGAAUCGCCAACACUCGGCCACCUUAUCAACCUUUGUCGGCAAUCGAAUUGCCGAAAUUCAAGAACUCACGUCAGGUUGCCACUGGAAACAUGUUCCCACUCACUGCAACCCGGCUGAUAUCUUGUCCAGGGGCUGCACUAUCACCGAGUUGGAACAAUCGAUAUGGUUCGAGGGACCUGAGUUCCUAGGCCAAGAUCAUCAACAUUGGCCAAAGGACAGUCGAGACAACAGUGACAUUGAUAUGGAAACUGUCCAACUGGAGAAGAGAAAAUCAGCCUUUGCCGUACACACGACUAGUAAUCAACUGCUUGAAGGAAUCUACAAGAUCAGUUCGCAUCAUCGCUGCCUACUAGUUAUCGCUUGGGUGUACAGAUUUACUCAGCGCUGCCGUAAACUAACGCCAUUCCAAUCACCUUCGCCGACGCCAGCAGAACUGAUGCGGGCGCUACAUUGCAUCGUCUGGAAUAUUCAAACUAGUCACUUCGCUCAAGAGAUGUCCUCGGUCCUGAAGGGCCAUCCGAUUCGCACUAACCUUAAAAAUCUUAGUCUCUUCCUCCAGGUUACAGAUGGCUUCCAAAUGCUAAAGGUCGGAGGGCGCCUGGAGCUAGCAGACUACCCAAAAACCCAAAAGCAUCCUGUGCUGCUCCCAGCUAAGGAUCCAUUUGUGUCACAGUUCGCUCGCCAUCUUCAUCUACAGAACUAUCACGCCGGGCCACGGACGCUCGUCGCUUUAAUUAGAAAACAGUUCUGGAUAGUGAAUGCAAGGGACUUGGCGCGACAAGUCGUUCGCUCAUGUAUACAUUGUCGCCGCUAUCGACCAACUCUCGAAAGGCAGCUAAUGGGCCAACUGCCUAAAGAGCGGAUCACACCAUCUAGACCAUUUUCAAGAUGCGGAAUAGACUUUUGCGGACCAAUCAACGUCUAUUUGCGCAUCCGGGGUAAGCCGCCUAUCAAGGCCUACCUAGCCGUCUUCGUUUGCUUUGCCACGAAGGCGAUACAUGUCGAAGUGGUAUCGGAUCUCACGACGGAUAGCUUCAUUGCAUCACUAAAGCGUUUUAUUGCCCGACGCGGACUUCCCUCGGACAUAUUCUGUGACAACGCUACAAAUUUCGCAGGAGCUAACAACAAGCUCGAAUCGUUGAAGCAGUUUCUGUUUAAAGACGAAACAACAAGAACAAUCCACUAUUUCUGUCGCUCAGAGUUUAUUAACUUCCACUUUAUUCCACCCAGGGCUCCACACUUCGGGGGCAUAUGGGAAGCUGCAGUAAAAAGUGUCAAGGGACUACUCAAUCGCACUCUUCGAGACACCAGGUUAACCUUCGAGGAGUUAGCCACUGCAGCUGCUGACGUCGAGGCGAUCCUGAACUCUCGCCCGUUAACGCCGCUCUCAUCAGACCCGAACGACCUGGCCGCUCUCACGCCUGGCCACUUCUUAGUGGGUGACGCACUCCGAGCACUACCGGAACUUCCACCAAUCGACGACAACCUGGACAAGUUGGAUCGAUGGAAAAGGGUCAGCGCACUCAAACAUCACAUCUGGGGUCGCUGGAGCCACGAGUACAUCAACGAGCUCCAAGUUCGCACAACCUGGACGAAGACUUCACCAAAUUUGGCUGUCAAUGACAUGGUCAUCGUUCACGAGGAUAAUCUUCCCCCACAACGGUGGUUUCUUGGGCGCAUAGUCAGCACGAUUGCAGGAGCGGACAACAUCGCAUUCGUCAGAGUUUGGCUGGACGGUUUGAUGUACAAAAUCAAAAGAACGCUUCCAAACAACACUCAUAAACUGCUAGAAUCGUACCUCUACAACAGGAACUUUGUAGUGAGGCGCAACACUGCGAUAUCCGACGAACACAGUAUUGAAGCCGGUGUCCCACAAGGCAGCGUACUAGGCCCAUCACUAUACGUCCUAUUUACACCAGACAUCCCUACAAGCAGCAACCUGACAGUUUCAACAUUUGCGGAUGACACAGCUAUUCUCAGCCGCACCAGAUGCCCAAUCAAAGCAUCAUCUCAGCUAGCCAUCUACCUGGUCGACGUGGAAAAGUGGUUAUCCGACUGGCGUAUAAAGGUAAACGAACAAAAAUGCAAGCAAGUAACUUUCACCCUUAACAGGCAAGAUUGUCCACCGCUCACUCUGAAAAACGUCGCACUUCCAACAGCAAACGAAGUGACGUAUCUGGGAGUACACCUCGAUAGAAGACUAACUUGGCGCAGACACAUCGAAGCCAAGAGAACUCACUUAGAACUGAAGGCCAACAGCCUUCAUUGGCUUAUCAACUCCCGCUCACCGCUCAGUUUGGACUUCAAGGUGCUGCUCUACAACUCAGUGCUAAAACCAAUCUGGACUUACGGCUGCCAGCUAUGGGGAAAUGCCAGCAACAGCAACAUCGUUAUCGUUCAGAGAGCCCAGACGAAGAUAUUGAGAACUAUCACCGGGGCACCGUGGUAUGUUCGAAACGCCAGCAUUCACAAAGAUCUAAACGUUCCACCUGUAAAAGACAAAAUUGCGCAAAACAAGGAAAAGUACCUUAACAAGCUAUCAACGCAUCCCCACCAGCUCGCGAGGAGUCUAACAAGGCUAAGCAGCCAAUCACGCCUACGUCGAAACGACUUGCCAACCCAGCAGUAA